AUGAACUUCCAACUACCAGCAACCUCGCUUCAUGUUUCUUCCGAUUAUCGUGGACGUACGGUAAGUUACUGUAGUUACAAACUGAUGUUUUUAUUUUAGCCUCAAGCCCAAAGCCCUAUUCCCAAAACUCUAGCCUAGAGCUUUAGCCCAGAGACCUAGCCCUAGCCCUAGCCCUGAAGCCUUAGCCCAGAGCCCUAGCCCUAGUUUUCAUCUUAGCUUUAGUCCUGGUCCUGGUCGUGGUUUUGGUCGUGGUCCUGGUCCUGGUCCUGGUCCUGGUCCUGGUCCUGGUCCUUGUCCUGGUCCUUAGUCUUAGUCCUAGUUUUAGUCUAAGUCCUAGUCUUAGCCCUAGCUUUAGAUCUAGCUAACUUCGAUUUUAGCCCAAGCCCUAUUUCUAGCUCUAAUCCACUCUCUAAGACUAAACUAAAAUUUUAGCUCCGCCGAACCUCGUCCCUACAACUACCAAAUGAAGUCGAGAAGCUCAAGCUUCAGAAGCCGUUUGGCGUUGUGGUCUCAGCUAUUUCUAGUAUAAAAAACAGUACUAUGAGUGUAUAUGCAUCGACAUUAAGUGCAGUAGGACUACUAGAUGCUGGUGGACCACCGGAUCGACCGCUGAACUUGUACAAUACUAUGAAACGAUACAAAUGCUGUUUUGGAGUAUGUAAACUGAAGACAGCAUCUGCUGUGAUUGGCAUGGUGUCAGCGCUGUAUCCUGUUGUCAGUAAGUGUUUAAAAUACAAAAAAUCGAUUUUAAAACUAAUUUUAAAAAAAUUUUUUUAAUUUUAGUACUAUUUAUAUGGUGCCAUUAUGAGCGACAAAAGCACAACAGAAUGGUUAUACCUAUAUCAAUACCAGCAUUGUUAUUUAUUGUGUACAAAGUGCUAUCUAGCCUUGUAAUGCUAGCGGGUAUAAUAUGGAACGUACAGUAUCUCUUGAUACCUUUCAUGAUAAAUUUGGUAAGAUAUACACUACCAUUCCCUACCCUAUCCUACCCUACCCUAUCCUACCCUAUCCUACCCUACCCUACCCUACCCUACCCUACCCUACCAUACUAUACCGUACCCUACUUUAUCUUAUUCUACCUUACCUUGCCAAACUUAAGCUUACCCUAUCCUACCUUACACUACCUCACGCUACCGUACCCCAACUUAUCCUACCUCACUAUACCGUAUUCUCCCCUGCAAUAUCUUACCUUACGCUACCGUACCUUACCUUAUCUUAAUUUGUUGUAUCAUACCCUAGCUUACAAUUGUGUAUAAUACCAAUUUAAGGUCCUAAAUAUAAUGGGAGCGAUGGGAUUAGGCAUCUUCUUAAUGUUAUCCAAUGACAAACUUGGUACUCAACUGUUCCCAGCAUUCGCCGUAUGUUCGGUUGCUCUCAUCGCUAUGUACUUAUGGUUCUUGGCUAUCACUUUUAUGACAUUCGUUUUAAUACGAGACAAGAAGCGCCUGCGGAAAGGUCGCUUCACAUUGAUCAAUCAGGACGAUCGCUCUGUACAUUACCUUGAACGUGUUAAUAGUGCCCAAUUUUAA